UGCGCCUGCAGCCAGAGAGUGUCAAACUGAACUUUGAGCUCACUCAAAGACUCGAACUAACGGGACUGUCACCGAACUGUCUGUUCUUCAGCUUACACGCUCCGUUUGGUACCAGGGCGCCCCCUAUAGUUCCAGCUUCCAGCACGACCUUUGACCUUUCUUAGCUUACUAGCAUGCUGUGGGUGACGGCGCGCGGACUCUGCGCACUGCCCCACAGUCUGAGGAAAGCGCUCGUGACGCUCGGCAGAAACAUGUCGUGCUCGUGCGAAGUGAAGCCGGUGACGGUGCUGGGAACCAUGGCGUUCGGGGGGCGAGCCGACGCCGAGCAGAGCCGGGAGAUGGUGAAGACGUUUCUGGGCAGAGGACACAAACACCUGGACACGGCGUUCAUGUACAUGGACGGGAAGUCGGAGGAUAUCAUUGGAGACAUGGAGCUUCCUAAAGCAGUGAGCAUAGCGACCAAAGCUAACCCCUGGGACGGGAAAACUCUGAAAGCGGAGAGUGUGCGCUCCCAGCUGGAAACCUCCCUGCAGAGGCUGCGCUCCAGUUGCGUGGACCUCUUCUACCUCCACGCCCCUGACCAUCAGAACCCCAUCCAAGACACUCUGAGGGCCUGCAACGAGCUGCACAAGGAGGGUAAAUUCAAGGAGCUCGGCCUGUCUAACUAUGCAUCAUGGGAAGUGGCAGAGAUCGUUUGCAUCUGCAGACACAACAACUGGGUUGUUCCAACGGUUUAUCAGGGAAUGUACAACGCCACGACAAGACAGGUGGAGACAGAGCUGCUGCCAUGUCUGAGAUACUGUGGACUCAAGUUCUAUGCAUAUAAUCCAUUAGCAGGUGGUCUUCUGACAGGAAAGUAUCACUACGAGGACAAAGACGGUUCUCAGCCUGCAGGUCGGUUCUUUGGGAACAGCUGGGCUGCAGCGUACAGAGACAGGUACUGGAAGGAGAGUCAGUUUCAGGCCAUAGAUUUGGUUCUGAAGGCUUUGGAGACGGCAUACGGGUCAGAGAAACCCUCUCUGACUUCUGCUGCUAUCCGCUGGAUGUACCACCACUCCCAGCUCAAGGGGGAUUUGGGAGAUGGAGUCAUCCUCGGCAUGUCCAGCAUCGAGCAGCUGAAGCAGAACCUGGAUGCUGCAGAGGAGGGUCCUCUGGACCAGAGAGUGGUCGAUGCCUUCAAGGACGCCUGGAAUCUUGUGGCUCACGAGUGUCCAAACUACUUCAGAUGAAACCACGGCCGAACGUCCAUCAAAUGAUGAUUUCUGCCUCUGAUUUGUUCUCAAAUGAUAACCAUCUUAAUUGUAAAAAUGACCUUUUCAUAUUUUUCAGAUAAGAGUUUCACAAUAAAAGCUUUUUCAACUUAAA